AUGUAUUUGGAUGGAUGGCUGCACCGCAAUGUCAAUGACAAUGAUGUUCUAUUGUUGCCAACGCCUGAAAUGCAAGAGCCUAUAACACGAGUGUGUGGGUAUAAUCUAAUCUCUGACGGUGGCCAAGCAAUCCAAUGGCGACAACUAGAUCACAAGCCCAGGACACAUCAUUCGGGAACACCCCUUUACAUGUCUAGGGAACUAGUGAACACGUGGUUUCAUGGGAAACCCGUGCUUCAUACAGUUGCGGAUGACUUGGAAUCUUUCCUUUGGGUCAUAUUAUGCGGGUUGUUGAGUAUCCGCGACGAGCGUAAAAGUUUAACGUUCGAUGAGAGAUCAUGGCUUCAUGAACUACGGACUGCAGGUGGUCCUCACAAGAGUGAUGUGAUCAAAAGUUGGACGCUAUCGAUGCUGGAGGAGAAUCUCAUAAGUAAAGAUUUAUCCCCUAUUUUGAAGGUUUUCGUACCCUUUGUAACAGAAAUCCUGCCCGUUAUUAAAGAGGACAGCUUGGUUGAAUCUCUAACAACGCUCGGCGAUAAAUUAUACAAGCUGUGGUUUAAAGCUUUCCUAGAUGCACUGCCAUUGUUGCCCAAGACCUGGGACGAAGUCUUCAAAGACCCGAUUUAA